CGUGGCCCGGGAGCCGCCUCUCCGUGCGAUAGCGCGGAGGCCGCCUCCAGUCGGAGCUGCUGCGUGCGAUGGCGGUGUCCCCUGGACCUGCCCCGGCCGUGGAGGCGCCGCCGCUCCAGCCGGAGCCAGGCUCGGCCAGCAGAGACAGCCGCCUGUCCUUCUGUACGAAGAUGUGCUAUGGCAUCGGUGGGGUCCCGAACCAGGUGGCCUCCAGUGCCACUGCCUUUUACCUGCAGCUCUUCCUGCUUGAUGUGGCCCAGAUCCCUGCUGCCCAGGUGUCACUUGUCCUGUUUGGAGGGAAGGUGUCUGGGGCAGCCGCUGAUCCUGUGGCUGGGUUCUUCAUCAACAGAAGCAGGAGGACAGGAUCUGGACGACUCAUGCCCUGGGUGCUGGGCUGCACGCCCUUCAUCGCCGUGGCCUACUUCUUCCUCUGGUUCCUACCCCCCUUCACCAGCCUGCGAGGCCUCUGGUACACCAUCUUCUACUGCCUGUUCCAGGCCUUGGCCACGUUCUUCCAGGUGCCAUACACAGCACUCACCAUGCUCCUGACCCCCAGCCCCAGGGAGCGAGACUCGGUCACUGCCUACCGGAUAACCAUGGAGAUGGUGGGGACGCUGAUGGGAGCCACCGUCCACGGGCUCAUCGUGUCUGGCGCCCACGGGCCCCAUGGGUGUGAGGAUGCUGCACUCCCCAGGCAGGCCGCCCUGUCCCCCGACGCGACACGUCUCUACUGCAUCGCAGCCGCCGCAGUGGCUCUGACUUACCCCGUGUGUAGCAGUUUGCUGUGUCUGGGGGUGAAGGAGAGACCAGCCUCCUCUGCCCCAGCCUCAGGCCAAGGCCUGAGCUUCCUGGCUGGGCUGGCCCUCACUGCCCGGCACCCACCCUACCUGAAGCUCGUGGUCUCCUUCCUGUUCAUCUCAGCCGCCGUUCAGGUGGAGCAGAGCUACCUGGUGCUGUUCUGCACACACGCCUCCCGGCUACACCACCACGUGCAGAGCCUCGUGCUAACCAUCCUGGUCUCGGCUGUGCUGAGCACCCCGCUGUGGGAGUGGGUUCUCCAGCGGUUUGGGAAGAGGACCUCGGCCUUUGGAAUCUUUGUGAUGGUACCUUUCGCGAUCUUGCUGGCCGCUGUGCCCACAGCCCCCGUGGCAUACGUCGUGGCCUUUGUAUCUGGCGUGAGCAUCGCCGUGUCCUUGCUGCUUCCAUGGUCCAUGCUGCCGGACGUGGUGGAGGAUUUUGAACUGCAGCACCAGCACGGCCCGGGCUUGGAGACCAUCUUCUACUCCUCCUACGUCUUCUUCACCAAGCUUGCGGGCGCAGGCGCGCUGGGCAUCUCCACCCUCAGUCUGGAGUUCUCGGGCUACCAGGCGGGAGCCUGCCAGCAGGCGGAGGAGGUGGUCGUGACCCUCAAGGUCCUCAUUGGAGCUGUGCCCACCUGCAUGAUCCUAAUCGGCCUGUGCAUCCUCAUGGUCGGCCCCGCCCCCAAGGCGCCAAGCCAGGACACCUCGCGGCAGCUGAGCCUUCAGAGGAGGACCAGCUACAGCCUCACCUAACGCGGGAGCCGGCGUGCUGCUCCACGGCCCUUCCGCAUCCACCUCGCCGAGCCGGGGUGCGCUGACUGGGCUGCAGGACGCCGCCCUAGCAGCUCUGGUUCCACUGAAGACGGCCUCAGAGAGACCUGUGCCCCGGUCCGCCGCAGCUCUGCCUGCGCCGCCAACAGCAACCAGUUCUAGAGUACGGAAGCCCCCUGGCCCGGCCCCAGCAGCGGGACACAGACGGUUUGCCCUGAGGCCCCAGAGUCUGUGCAGACAGGAACAGGCCGUGGGGCCACGUGGACUUGCCUGGGGUGCAGACACGGACAGCGCCAGCCCGCCCAGGCGCGCUUGGGGCAGCCGUGGCCAUGAGAGCGUGGGUGGCGCCACAGGCGUUUCUCAAGCUCCCUCUCUGUCCCUAAGUUGCUGCCACUGUUUCUGUCAGCACAAAGCUCCAUCACGUGUACAGAAGAGUUGUUUGUGUAGGCAUAUUGUUCUGGAACUUUCUCGAAGGUUGUUCAGGGGCCAUGUCUUUGGGGACGAGAGAGCUACUGAGGUUUACUUUUUCAAAAACAAAGUAAAGGGUUUAUCGUCUAGUCA